AAUCCUGCUGCUGCAGCAGCGACGACAAACUCCCCAUUCAAAAAGUUGGGAGAGAGCAUAAAAAUUCCAACGACGCGUUCUGUUUACCAAAAUAAGCCGAUAAGAGUUUCUUUUUUUUAAUAUUACAAAAUUGCUACAUUUUGAAAGAGUAGAAUAUGAUUUAUUUCUGAUAAGUUGAACUAAGUGCAACGCAGUGUGUGUGUGUGUAUUUUUAGUUUUGUUUUUGAAGUUGCGAUUUCUUGCGGGUCAAAAUGCUCAACAACUUUGGCGAGUGCAUCGAGGAUUUCGAAGUGUUCGAGCUGCUCGGAAAGGGCGGAUUCGCCAGCGUUUACCGGGCAAAAUGCUGCCGGACGGGGAUUUUGGUUGCCAUCAAAAUGAUCGACAAAAAGCUGAUGCAGUCCUCGGGGAUGGCAAACCGAGUUCGACAGGAGGUCAGCAUUCACUCUCGGCUGAAGCACCCGUCUAUCCUGGAAUUGUACACCUUCUUCGAGGACGCCAACUUCGUGUACCUUGUGCUGGAGCUGGCCGAAAACGGAGAACUUCAGCGCUAUCUCCGCGACACCAAGAAGACCUUCAACGAGUACGAAGCAGCCAACGUGUUGAAGCAAGUAGUCGACGGACUGCUGUACCUUCACUCGCACCAGAUCCUGCACCGGGACAUGUCGCUGGCGAACCUGCUGCUGACCAAGCAGAUGACCGUCAAGAUCUGCGACUUUGGACUGGCGACGCAGCUGUCGCGACCGGACGAGAAGCACAUGACGCUUUGCGGAACGCCGAAUUACAUAUCUCCGGAGGUCGCGUCCAGGGCAUCGCACGGUCUUCCGGCGGACGUUUGGGGCUUGGGUUGUAUGCUGUACACGUUCCUGGUGGGCAGGCCACCCUUUGACACAGACGGAGUCAAGUCUACGCUCACAAAGGUGGUCAUGUCCAACUACACGCUGCCGUCGCACAUCUCGCAGGAAGCGCGAGAUUUGAUCGAUCGGCUGUUGAAAAAGAACCCGGCGGAACGCAUCAAGCUGGACCAGGUGCCGCUGCAUCCGUUCAUGCAGAAGGCGUCGUCGUUCGAAAAGUGUCAAGGUGGGACGCUAGCGUCCUCCGACAGUGGCAUAAUGACCAUUUCGAGCGGAAAUCGAUCGAACAUUCCGUCAAACUAUAGCCAAGAGCGCUACCAACCUCCAGUUCAAAUGCCUCUGCGCUACCAACCAAUCAGCGAAGACUUCCAGGAGAGUAUACUUCCGACACGGCCGCAAUCAGCCGCCUACGGCCGCCCACAGACGUCGGAUUUCUACUCCGGGUUCAGUGGAGACCAGCAGCAGCGACCUUCGACCGCGCAGCCACCCUUCGUACAUCACAUGAACCAGAUCUCGCUGCUGCAGCAGUUCAACAGCCUGGAACUGAUGGAAAAGUACAACGUCAACAAGGCCGAAGUGGUCAGCGUGGGACGGUCCAACUCGACGGGGAGUUCCGGGUUGAUGCCGAGGCAGGACCAUCACCACCAGCCGCCACAGAUUUCCCUGCUCAACUCGCGACCCAAGUCGGCUUCGGUUUCGGUGCUGAACGGCGAGCAUUACGGAUACUGCGGCGACAAGGAAAACUACCGCCAGGUAGAUAAUGGCGCGACGGAGUCAGAACCGCUCAAUCCGAGGAGUUAUGACUUUCUUGACCAGUUUCAGCCAAGAGACAAUCAUCGCAAGAGUCCGCCCCGCCAUAGCAAGCGCAUUGACAUUCCGCCGUUGACGACGGCCCGCCUCCAGCCCAACCGCCACAAAACCAAGAACGCCAUCCUGAGCAUUCAACCCAACGGCGAGGUCGUGCUAGAGUUCAUCAAGUACAAGUCCCGCGCCAAAGCGGAUCGCGUAGUGGACGUGUGUCGCAUUUCGUCCGACGGGUUGCGCUUCGUGCUGUACCAUCCGGACGGGGGGAAGGGCGUGGCGGUAAAGGACGAGCCGCCCGAUUUGCCACCGGGCGGGGCGGACGCCAUCUUCAGCUACGAGAAUCUACCCGAGAAACACUGGAAGAAGUACGCGUACGCGGCCCGGUUCGUGCAGAUGGUGAAGGCCAAGACGCCCAAGAUUACGUACUACAGCGAGCGGGCCAAGUGCCAGCUGAUGGAGACGCUGGAGGAUUACGAGGCGAACUUCUACAGUGGAACGAAGGUGAUCAAAUCGCUCCACGAAGGCACCAAAAUUGUAGAUAGCACCGGACGCACCUUCAAAGACACCACCGCCACCCUCAAUACCGCCCUAACAAUGGAGUUCGAGCACUUCCAGCAAACGUUCGACCACUGCCUCAACAUCGAGCAAGCCCUCUCGGCAAUCCACACCGGAAACACCUUCCCACUGAUCAUCGGACGACGACCUGCUACUGCAACGAGCAACCACGAGAACAGCGUAUCAACCCCCCAAACUCCCCACCACAAUCCCCACCAACUCUCCUCAUUCGCCAUGUCGGUCAACUCGGCCGCCACGACCAACAGCCGACGACCUCCGUGCCCAAAAGCAGCGCCCUCUUUUUCCUCCAACGUGGCCACCAAAAAGUGCACCAUCCCCGGCGUCGGCACCGCCGUCCAACUCUCGCAGGGCGUCGUCCAGGUUCAGUUCGUAGACGGCGCAACCCUGUCGCUAAUCCCGAUCGAGCAGGGUGGCGGAGUGACGUUUUCACCGUGCUUCGGAACGCCGCUGCAGCACUACUCGGCCCAGCAGCAGCAGGACAAUCCGGCGUCGCUGCCGGGCACGUUGCGCGACAAGCUCGGCCAGAUGUCGCUGGUGUUGAGGGAGUUGAAUGCCGCCCCCGUGCCAUCGAUUCCGUUCAACUUCCUCGAGGGAACCGCGUCGUCACCGCGGACGCCGUUGUCGCGGUUUUUGCGGUAGAAAUUGUUUAUUUGAAUAGUUUGUAGCAGAUUGUUGACGCUAUGCACACUCUUUCUUUUAACUAGUUGACCCUCUCCCUGUACUGAUGUAAUUUAUUAUGUAGAAUCUAUAUUUAAUAAAAUAAAGACAAUCAAUCAAA